CCGCGAUUGACCAAGAAGCCAGGGUUUUCAAGAGCCACACCCACCAAGCAAGAUGGCGCAAGUGCGCGUGGUGGGCUGUGCGAACAACCAGGCCCAGGUCAAGGACUGUCUCGGCCGGGAUCGGCGGUGCCUUCGUACGCUCCAAGCCACGUCCUGGGACGAAGUACUCACCCAAUUUGCCGCCACAAGGAACACGCGCGCACAGCACCCUCAAUAUGGCGUUCGCGGGAACGUGUACCGGUUCGGGGGCAACACCCGCCGCGUAUCGACGCACGCCUUCUUCCGCACCCUUCUCGGCACAUCGUACCCCAUCACAGAUGAACUGCUCCGCCGGUCCUGGCGAAAGCUCGGAAGCUGCGACGCAGGCAUCAGGGGCAAUGGCCAAGCAAAAAUGACGUGCUUGGAUGGGGCCCUCGCAUCCAUUUGCAUCAACCCAUAUCACUACUUUGUUCCGACGACCCAGGAGCAACGCUUCUUUCAACUCCUCGUCCAAGAGAGUCGCCUCGCUGGUUUCAAGAUCGAACACGACGUGUAUCAGCCGGGGAUGUUUCAGGAGCUAUGUUCUGCGCUUCGCGUUGCAUCAGCCGAGCUUGUGAUGCCUCUGGUCCUGCAUCAGAAGCGAACCAAACAUGAAGCAAAGCGGCCACACAGCGAAGACAGCAGUGCGUACACGCCAUCUCGUCACGUUAAGGCAAAGCAAAGCUUAGCCGUGUCGACACCGACGUCCACGCGCUCACGUACAUCAUCAUCAUCGCCACCACCGCUACCACCACCACCACCACCACCACCACCACCACCAUCAUCAUCAUCAUCAUCAUCAUCAUCAUCAUCAUCAUCAUCAUCAUCAUCAUCAUCAUCAUCAUCAUCAUCAUCAUCAUCAACAACAACAGCUACGACUGUGUGCUUGGACGCUAUCUUGCCACAAUUUCUCGUGCCGGUCAGUCCAAGCAGCACACGAUCUUCACUCGAGUAUGCUACCAGUUGUUGUGACGACCACGACGGUUACAAGGAAUCCCUCCUGUCGAUGUUGCUGGACGAAUGCAUCGGCACGCAGCCAGAUACUACGGCCCUGGCAACAGCAAGAUCGCCAGCGUUCAAAACUGAAUUGCUGGAUGACAUCGACGACCUGCUGCAGCAACUCCCUGUACUACCAACACCUGCAGCGCUGGAUGCUGCUCUGCUUGACUAUGAGCAUUCUACCUGCGUGUAGCCCGUCUGUUAGAAUGUCAGAGAUUGGCCCCCUUUGUAACAUCGCGCGUGCUCAAGCAGAAUUUUGACCCACUAGCGCACCCAACAAUCGCCCACAACUGCAGCCGUGUCACUGGAUCAUGAUUUUCACACUGUAGCUGGUGUGCUCAAUCGGUUGACACUUCAAACACUAGCAUCGCCGUUUUGUUACUGUC